GUCACAGUACCAGAGAUGGACUCUGCUGCUCUUGCACAUGCAAAACUUUUGAACUGGUUGCUGUUGAUUCUGGUUUGCUGUUCUGCUGCUGCUUAUGUGGAUGAGCCCAACCUGAGCAAGAGUUUUCAUGAACCCGAUCACGGGGCUGCUGUUGGCUCUUCAGAAGAUACCAGGCUACCUGUUUUCACAGUGGACUAUGACCAUGUGCAAAUUCCCUAUGAAGUUACUCUUUGGAUCCUCCUUGCCUCUUUUGCAAAAAUAGGUUUCCACAUAUAUCACCGAUUACCAAGACUCAUGCCUGAAAGCUGCAUCUUGAUUGCCAUUGGAGCCCUAGUAGGAGCAGUCAUCUUUGCUUCUGACCACAAAUCUCCACCAGUGAUGACCACAAGUAUUUACUUCUUGUAUCUCCUUCCACCCAUUGUCCUGGAGGAAGGUUAUUUCAUGCCAACUCGCCCUUUUUUUGAAAACUUUGGGUCCAUCCUGUGGUGGUCUGUGCUGGGAUCUCUACUAAACUCUUUUGGGAUUGGCCUCUCUCUCUAUGGAGUCUGCCAAAUCGAAGCUUUUGGCCUGACUGACCUGAACCUGCUUCAGAACCUGCUCUUUGGCAGCAUGAUUUCAGCUGUGGAUCCUGUGGCAGCUCUGGUAGUUUUAGAAGAAGCCUCUGUUAAUGAGCAGCUUUACAUGAUGAUCUUUGGAGAGUCAUUGCUAAAUGAUGGCAUAACUGUGGUUUUAUACAACAUCUUCAUUGCCUUCACCCAGAUGCACAGGUAUGAAGAAAUUGAAUCCAUUGAUGUCUUCGCUGGCUUCGCUCGCUUCUUUGUCGUGGGGCUGGGGGGUGUGGUGUUUGGCAUCGUCUUUGGAUUUGUUUCAGCCUUCAUGACCCGUUUCACUCACAACGUUUCUGCUAUCGAACCCCUGCUGGUCUUCAUGUUCAGCUACUUGUCAUACUUGUCUGCUGAAACCCUUUACAUCUCAGGCAUUUUGGCGAUGACAGCAUGUGCAGUGACAAUGAAAAAAUACGUGGAGGAGAAUGUUUCCCAGAAUUCCUAUACCACAAUAAAAUAUUUCAUGAAGAUGUUGAGCAGUAUCAGUGAGACCCUGAUAUUCAUUUUCAUGGGAGUGUCUACAGUGGGAAAAAGCCACGAGUGGAACUGGGCCUUCAUUUCCUUCACUCUGCUCUUCUGCCUCAUUUGGCGGACACUGAGUGUAUUUGCUCUCUUCUACAUCAGUAACAAGUUCCGAACACAUCCCUUUACCUUCAAAGACCAACUCAUCAUUUCCUACAGUGGCCUUCGAGGAGCCAGCAGCUUCUCUCUUGCAUUCUUACUUCCAGUGAAUCUCUUCCCAAGAAAAAAUUUAUUCAUUACUGCUACUCUUGUAGUUAUAUAUUUCACGGUGUUCAUCCAAGGAAUCACAAUUGGACCAUUGGUUAGAUAUCUAGAUGUUAAAAAGACAAACAAAAAGGAGUCUAUCAAUGAAGAAAUCCAUGUGCGAUUGAUGGAUCACUUGAAGGCUGGUGUUGAAGACAUAUGUGGACAUUGGAGUCAUUAUCAGCUGAGAGAUAAAUUUAAGAAGUUUGACAAUAAGUAUGUGAAGAAAAUCUUAAUUCGGGAACACCAGCCCAAAUCCAGCAUUGUGUCAUUGUACAAAAAGAUGGAGAUAAAACUGGCCAUUGAGAUGGCUGAGAGUGGCAUGAAAAUUUCAGAAGCACCUGCAGCUUCUUUACAGAGUGCUAGAAAUCAGCAUGUGCACAGGCUCAGCCCCUCAGAGUUGGAGUCCAUGAGAGACGUCCUGGCCCAUAACCUAUACCAAGUGCGGCAAAGGGCACCAACAUACAGCAGACAUAACCUGACUACCAACACCAAUGAGAAACAAGCCCAAGAAAUCCUCAUUCGUCGGCAGCACAGUCUGAGGCAGAGUUGCAGAAAGGGAAACAGCUUACCAUGGGGUGGACAGGCUAGCAUCAAGGAUGUACGGUACCUCUCCCUGCCCCAGGGACCUAGUCAGCACACCAGACAAAAAGCCAAGCGUGUUACUUUUACAGAUCACUGCAGAAGCUCUGGUACUGCCUUCCCAAUGAUGUGCAGACCCCAGCCCCGACUACGGCCACUUGAAGCAAAGUACCAUCAGGAAGAACUGAUCCCAAUGGCACACUUGGAUAGACAAGCAGGCUCAUCCCAUAUGUCAGGUCAAAGAGGAAAUUUAAACCCCCAGCAUCAUUUCACCAGAGGAGACAAUGUAACUCUAAUGCCAAAGUCUCAACUCACUGUGGGAGACAUAGAGCAGGAUGAGUCAGAAGAAGAGACAGAAACUGUGGCAUCAGUAAAGUCAUUUUAUGUAUGAGAAGAAGAAAAGAGAAAUAUUUGCACCUCUAGGGACCUUUGUGCACUGCUCCAGAGGAAGUAACAAAGCUUUUGUAUAAAU